AAUUAUGUGUGUUUGUGUUCAUCAAUUAAAUCAGUGCAUUAAAAUAGAACGCUGAUUAACAGUGGCUUUGAAGCACCUUUGCAAUAAACGGUUUUAUUGCCUACCUGCUAGCCAUUAAGAAUCCAGUAUUCCGACAGACCAUGGUAUAACAAUUUAAUUUAUUUUUUACAUUUAAGCUGUUUGAUACUGAAAGGUAUGUAUAUAAGUCAACUAGCCUAUAAAUAACGUGACUAGCUGGAAAAAGGGACAAAAUCUUGGAACCUAUAAUUAAUUUUCCCAGAAUAAUCAUUAGUUUCACUUGUUCUUUUUUUUUUUCAAUUCCUGAAAACUGACUCACUGUUAAAGAAGAAAAGAGCACAAAAACAGUUUUUUCAGCAUUACAGGCUUAUCAUUAUGAUUGGUGUGGGAUGGCAUUUGUUUUGAACAUAAGGCUAUCUAUAUAAAAUGUCCUUUUCAAGACAUUCACUGUGGGUGGGGGGACUUAUUAGCGUUCAUUCAGUAGCUGUCACAGCCUCAAAUGACUCAGAUUUAUUGUUUUAUCUCCUCCACGGGAAUUUCUUUUGUGCAUCCAAACCUGCUAACCUCAGUGCGGUGACAGGAAAUGUGUUCAUUUUACCUUCGCGUCGCAAGAUAAUAUUUUGCAAAAAAGCACUCUCGCACACACACAUGCCUCAUUUUACAGGAAAUUUGCUGAAGGCAAAUGUACAGAAAGAGAGUGAAAUGUACUAGACUCACUUCCAUGAACAUCUGAACAUCAUUUCAGCAACAAGAGUGACAGCUAUUUCUCAUCAUGACUGAAGCAUAUACAGACAGCAUGAAUACAACAGCAUAUGAUAACUACGAAACAGAAAACGUAUGCACGAUUGAGGGUUCACACCUGAAUUCACAUCUCAAGGCUGCCAUUUUCUACAUGGUUUUUGCACUUGGCCUCAUUGGUAACAUCACCGUCUUAUGGGUCCUCUUGAAAAUCAUGCAUGUGAAAAAUAUGACAAAUCUCUGCCUGCUGAAUCUGGCUCUAUCAGACCUACUGAUGGUCCUCUCACUGCCCUCUUGGGCUCUCUAUGCUCAGGGCCACUACUUUAAAGCCAAUGGGAUGUGUAAGGCAAUGGCGGGUACAUACCAAGUUGGAUUUUACAGCGGGAUCUUAUUCGUGACUCUAAUGAGCGUGGAUCGCUAUUUGGUCAUUGUACAUGCCGUUGCGGUGCUGGGAUCGAAGAUGUUGCGAUAUGGAAUUAUUGUGAGUCUCAUUAUAUGGAUGGUUUCCAUCUGUGCUGCCCUUCCAGAGGCCAUCUUUGCAGCAAUGGUCACAGAGGACAACAUUACCAGCUGUCAGAGAGUUUAUCCUGCUGGGUCAGCCCAAAAGUGGAAGCUUUUCCGUAACUUUGGUGAAAAUGCAGUAGGACUAUUCAUCUCUUUGCCCAUUUUAGCCUACUGCUACAUCAGGGUCCUAAUGGUUGUGAAGAAGACAAAAAACUCAAAAAAGGAACGGGCCAUAAAGCUCAUUUUAGGCAUUGUCAUCGUGUUUGUGGUCUUCUGGGUGCCUUACAAUGUGAUGGUGUUUCUGAAAACCUUGGAGGAGUUUGGCUUUCUAAGUGGCUGCGAGGCUUAUCGUGGUAUCAACAUGGCCAUGAACGUGACAGAGACGAUCGCACUCACUCACUGCUGUGUAAAUCCGAUCAUUUAUGCCUUUGUUGGAGAAAAGUUUAGAAAAUCCCUAAUAAGUAUGUUUUCAAGAUAUCUUGGAUGUGUGAAGACUUACCAAUCGUCAUCUACACAAUCCAAAGUUUCAGAGAAUGAAACUUCCAACACGGCAAUUUUUUUUACAUCUCCCAUCAAAAGUACACAAGUGUAGGUUAUAAUUUUUAAAGGUUUUAUAAUUUUUUUCUUUGUAAAUAUUGUGCUUAUCAUUCAAAAUGUCUUCAUUCAUGUGUUACAACAUAUAAUACAUUUGUUGAUUUUAUGAUUGUAAUAUCAUAUCAAUUAGACUACCUCAAUUAAUAAAACCAAAUGUCAAUUAUAAAAAUUAACCAUCAUACAAGAACAUGAAAAUUCUGCGUCAGCUUGGUGGGGCAAGAGAUGCUUUCUGUCUUCUGGUGUUUGUGAAUAAACUAGUGUUUUACACACUGGCUUAAAAUGAACUUAUGCAUUAAAUUUAAUGAAUUUACAAAUGAUUUAAUGUUACUAAUAUAUCUGUUCCUCAAUAUCUCUAAGGUCACAUUACGUGACCUGUUAAAAAGUUCAUUACUCUUUCCGUAUAAUAGUUAUUAACCACAGAAAAAAAAAAAAAAAAAAAAAAAAAAUCAUCUUUAACCACACACACUUCGAAGGCAAAACCAAUCACAAAAAGUUUUUCCCCUCACAUGGGCUAAAAGAGGAUGUGUGAGUGCAGUAUCGAUAUAGAGGAACUGUUCUUUGAAUGUAUUACUGAAUUACUAAAUCGAUAUCUGUGAAUUGUGUAUUCCUAAUGUCUGUUACAUUUUAUGCUUAAACUACCUAUUUCAAAUGCACUGAUACACAUAUCAAGAUGUAUAUCAAUAUGUAAAUAAACAAACAAAUAAAACGAUCAAACUGUUUCAAAAGUAUUUUGUAAUGCUACUGCUUACCACAAGAGCCCUCCCUAUAACACAUAUGGUACUGCCGUCACAUACAUGCCUAUUUUAUUAUAGUUUUAAAUCUUUGACAAACAGUGUCUCUGUAGCCUAACAGUAUACUGAAUUAUGCUAUUUUAAACAUGUGGAUCCAGAAAUGAACCUUUUACUAAAGUGGCAUAUUUAUGCAUAUUAUCAUGCAAUAAUAUAUCAAAUAUGGCAUAAUAUUUGGACCAUGGAAUUUUAGAUUUGAUUUUAGAUACUUUAAUUUUAAUUUUAUUUUUUUACAUUCAUGGGGUUUUGUUUACACACUAUGUUUCAUCUACGCUGUCAGCCAAAAUUAGGGGUACAACAGCUUGUCACUGAGGUAGUCAAGUCAAGUCACCUUUAUUUAUAUAGCACCUUAAACAAAAGACAUUACGUCAAAGCAACUGAACAACAUUCAUUAGGAAAACAGUGUGUCAAUAAUGCAAAAUGAUAGUUAAAGGCAGUUCAUCAUUGAAUUUAGUGAUGUCAUCUCUGUUCAGUUUAAAUAGUGUCUGUGCAUUUAUUUGCAAUCAAGUCAACGAUAUCCCUGUAGAUGAAGUGACUUGAUUGUAGUGUAGAGAUAGUGCCCUCAAAGGGUGCAUAUUAGCACCUUAGAGUAGUAAUUUGUAUCCUUAAGGUAGCAAAAUGUACUCUUAUGGUACUAUUAUAAACACUAGGGGAAAAAGAAGGUACAGAGUUCUCCCUUUGAGGAUACUUCCCAGUGACAGGCUGUUAUACCCCUUGAAGGUACUUUUUUGUUGUUGUCAGCGUGUCCUGUAUAUAAACAGUCUGUUGUUUAUGUUUGUAGUGUGAUUCAAAUGCUUGUAUGAUGAAUUAACUAAUAAUAAUAAUAAUAAUAAUAAUAAUAAUAAUAAUAAUAAUAAUAAUAAUAAUAAUAAUAAUAAUAAUAAUGGUUGUUACCUAUAUAAUCAAUACAAAAUACAAAGCCAACUCAAUAAUAAAUACUGUAGCAUAGUUCCUUGAAUAUAAUUUGCAUAUAUUAUUAUUUAUUUAUUUGGCCAUAUUGGUUGUCAUGUGUAAAACAUCAGGAAGGUUCGGAAAUAGCUUCUUGUAAAAGUGUGAAUAACGUAUGUGAAGCUUCAAGGAAGUAACUUCACACUAACCAUUGUCUUUACCUUUUAAGCUAGAGCAGAAAGCCACAGUUUUCUGAAGAGACAUGCACUGCAGAGUGAAACGGAUUUCCUGUGUUCUUUGGCUCUGAUGCAAACAGUACAUUAAGACUGCUGACAUGACUAUUGUUUCAAAAAGCACAAAACAGAUUAGGAAAAUAAAUCCAGAAAGUAUUUUUAUAUAAAAUGCACCCCUGAACUAUACAGUAAUGUGAUAUUAAUAAAAUAAUUUAUGCUUAUAAUGCCCUAAUCAAAAUAAUAAUUUAAAACAAUGUGUCAAAAACCUUGCAAAAAUUUUCUAUAGGGUCUAAAACAACAUUCUUUUUUUUAUAGCGCUUUUUACGAUACAAAUCAUUGCAAAGCAACUUUACAGAAAGUUAAAUUUCUAUAAUAUUUAGCAGUAGCUUAUCAGUGGUAAUUUUCAGUUUAUGUGCAUAUGGUAGAAAUGUUCUGAAAAAUUAAUAAACUACAUUCAAACAGACAAUGAACACUAUCAACAUCAAUUAUUAUAUGAUGUAAUCACACUAGUGGCAAUACCCCUCCUCUGAGGGGUUAGCGUAGCUGCUGUUCCAACCAAGUAAAAUUUAUUAGUUUAACCCAAGCUAAAGAAUUAUAAUGAGCAUUUGAUCAGAUAAAACUGCAGUCUGAACCCCGAAAAUUAUCAGGAAGGCUAUUCCAGAGUUUGGGAGCCAAAUGCGAAAAAGCUCUCCCUCUUUAAUGGACUUUGUUAUCCUAGGUACUAUCAAAAGUCCAGCAUUUUAUAACCUUAGGGAACAUGAUGGAUUGUAGCAUGGUAGAAGGCUAGUUAGGUGUGCUGGAGCUAAACCAUUUAGGGCCUUAUACGUAAGUAAUAACAUUUUGUAACUGAUACAGAACUUAAUAGGUAGCCAGUGCAAAGACUGUAAAUUUGGUGUAAUCAUCAUAUUUUCUUGACCUGGCAAGAACUCUAGCCGCUGCAUUUUAGCCUACCUGUAGCUUGUUUAUUGAAGAUACAGGACAACCACCUAGAAGUGCAUUACAAUAGUCCAGUCUAGAGGUCAUGAAUGCAUGAACUAGCUUUUCUGCAUCAGAAAAACAUGUUUGUAUCUUAGCAAUGUUUCUAAGAUGGAAGAAUGUGUUUUUUGUAAUAUGGGAAAUAAAUGUUGUUUUCAAAAGACAAGUUACUGUCUAAUAUAACACCCAGAUUUUGGACUUAGAGGAAGUAACAGUACAUCCAUCUAGUUGCAAACAGUAAUCUACGAGACUGUCUGUAUUGUGUUUUGGUCCAAUAAGUAAUAUCUCUGUCUUAUCCAAAUUUAAAAGGAGAAAAUUAUUGGAAAAUUAUUUUAACACACUCUUUUAGCUAAGAUAAUUUUGAAGUUUCAUCUGGUCUCAUUGAGAUAUAUAGUUGAGCAUCAUCAGCAUAAUAUUGGAAACUAAUCCCGUAUUUUCUAAUAAUAUUACCAAGGAGCAACAUGUAUAUUGAAAUUAGCAGAGAACCUAGGACAGUUCCGUGUGGCAUUCCAUAUUUUACUGGUGAAAAAUUAGAUGAUUCAUGUUGUUACAGGUAACAACUCUUUCAGUAAGUUAGUGGGUACAGGAUGUAAUAAACAUGUUGUUAGGUUUAGAUGCAGUGAUAAGUUUAUUUAGCUCUUCCUGUCCUAUAGUUGUAGAGCACUGCAGUAUAUAUUUGGGUGCGAUGGAUGAAACUGAAAUAUUAGACGCUGUAGAAUUAACAUUUUGUUAUUGAAUUUCUCAUGUUAUCUAUAUUAUCAGUGAAGAAAUCAAUAAAGUCAUUACUAUUAAAUGUUGAUGGAAUAUAUAAAUCAGCUGGUUAUUUGUUAAUCUAUCCACUGUGCUUUUUUAUUUCUUUUCAAUGAGUUUGGGGAUAUGACCUGGCAGUUUCUAGAGUCUGUCUAUAGCUGGACAUACAGUUUUUCCACGCAAUUCUUAAGUUAGUUUUUCUCCAGUCUUUUUGUGCUCAAGACUACGAGUUUCUUUCUUGAGAGAGUGGGUAUUACUGUUAUACCAUGGCACAAGUAUGUUUUUCUCUAAACUUCUAAUGUAUUAGAGAGCAUAGUGCCCAUAUGCCCAAGUUGCCAGAUCAGUAUUUAUCCAAAUCUAUCAACAGGAUAUUUUUGAUCAAGUAUCUGGUGCAUGGCAUGAUGCAAGUUCAUUCAUUGAUGUUUUUGAUUGGACUAUGGAGAUCACACACAACCACUUCCACGUUAUGAGUUAGAUGUGAUUUUAUCUGCAUGCAAAUAUUAUAGGUAAGACCACAUUCUGGGACAAUCAACACGCACGCAUGCACUCGCGCAUGCACGCACGCAUGCACGCACACGCACACACACACACACACACACACACACACACACACACACACACACACACACACUGUUUAACCACAGACUAGAACUAUGCAGUUAAAAGAAAAUGUUCAAAAUAAACAUUUUGUAUUCACCAAUACAAUAUACACCAAAAGUCUGCUCCUAUUUUUGACUGGUGUUUCCAGUCAAAAAUGACCAGCCUUUUAAAAAUUGCUAAUACAUUUCUUGUUACACUAUAUUAUUAACAAAUAUUGCAUUCAAUAUUUUUGUUUUCUUUCAGUUAACACAGGUUUAGUAAUUUAUAUUAAAACUGAUUGUUCACAGGCCUUACAGAUCUUAGCCUGACUGAUCAGAAGAUAAAAUUAAUCUCUGUGUAAAGGAAAGCCUGUAAUACUAAAAAAAACAUGUGCUUGUGCAUGUGUGUGUGUGUGUGUGUGUGUGUGUGUGCAUGUGUUAGUGUAUGCAUGUAUUCAUGCAUGCAAACGUAGGCAUCAGACCUGUGCAAGCAUAAAUGCACAUACCGUAUUUUCCGCACUAUAAGGCGCACCGGAUUAUAAGGCGCACCUUCAAUGAAUGGCCUAUUUUAGAACUGUUUUCAUAUAUAGGGCGAACCGAAUUAUAAGGCGCAUAGAAUAGAAGAUACUGCAGUCAAAUGUUUGACUGGGUUUGUGUUAUGCAUCCAAUAGAUGGGGCAGUGCUAAAGUGAAUGUUAACCUUUUGACAGAGUGCCUUGAUCCAUAUAUAAAGCGCUCCAGAUUAUAAGGCGCACUGUCGUUUUUUGAGAAAAUUAUAGGCUUUUAAGUGAAAAUACGGUAUGUAAACAUAAACAUGAUGAAAAUGCUCCUGAAAACUAAAUGUUUCUCUUAUUUUCAUUAUUAAUAUAAUGCAUAUUAUUGUCAUGAUUCUGCCCUCGUGUCCUUGAUUUUUCCUAGUCUUGAGGCAGGAUCAUGACAGACCCAUGUUUUGUGUACAAGCGCAUGGCCUUGUCUUUGGGCCAUGUGCUUGUGUUGUCUCGUUCCCUUGCCCCGCCCCCCUUGUUAACCUAGUCGUGUCUUGAUUGUCCUAUCUGUAACACCUGUCGCGUCUUGAUUAGUACCCCUAUUUAGAUCUCCUAGUGUGCUCUGUCUUGCGUCGGUUCAUUGUCAUUGUGAUUGUACCUGUGAUUGUUCCACUCUGUGAUUGUUCCUUAAGAAGUGUUUGUAUUACCGUGAGUGUUUGUUUAUAGUUAGUAUUUAGAGUCCUUGUUUAUCUUGUCAGUCCAGUCCUGUUUUAGUUAUUUAGUCUUUACCUUGCUCCGUGUUUUCCCCCUCGUGGGUUUUUGUUUCCCCUUUUUGUAAUAAACCCUUUGUUUGAGAA